CACAGUUACAGAUUUUAGAAGUUCCAGAGAUCGUCUUUGGAACACAGGAGUUACUCCUCUCUUUCUCUCAUGCACAAUUUAUAGAAACACUCUCAUAUACAUAUAGAAAUACCAACACUAUUUCAGAGACAAUUAGUUGCCCACAUGCACACAAACAGUCUGACACCAUAACAGUCGAGCAGUGAGGAUCAGCCGAAGGUACGUCUGCCCUCGGCUUCCAGCGCGUCCCCCAGGAAAGGAGCCUGUGCUCGGGAAGGAUGGCUCCGGCCGGGGUCCUCCACUGCACCCUGCUCUGGCUGACUGUGGCUGCAGUGGCCAGCCUGCUCACCAAGGAGCAGAGGGACUCUAUCGUGGAUCAGCACAACAUAUACCGGGCAUCGGUGAAUCCUAAAGCUGCGGACAUGGCGCGCAUGACAUGGAAUGAAAACGCUACACUGGUGGCAGAAAAGUAUGCUUCUCAGUGCAUAUGGGAUCACAAUCCAGCGGUGAAGAACAUAUUCGGCGAGAGCCUCUUCACCAGCACAGGACCCAUCAAUGUCAGCAAGGUCCUGCAUGAAUGGUUUAAGGAACAUGAACAUUAUGACUACGAUAAUAACCAGUGUUCUGAAGAUGAACAGUGUGGGCACUACACACAGAUGGUAUGGGCGAAGAGUACUAGUGUAGGCUGUGCUGCACACGUCUGUGCCACUUUUCAGGGUCUUCCAGGAUUUACGAAUACCACUAUUGUAGUCUGCAAUUAUUUCCCCUUAGGCAACGUAGUGGGGCACAAACCAUAUCAGGCAGGAGAACCAUGCUCCCAGUGCCCAGAAAAUUGGACACUAUGCGAGGAUAAUGUCUGUGGACCAGAGCAUAAAGACGUCCUCCCCAGUACAGAGACAGAGCAUGGAGAUAUCCUCCCCAGUACAGAGACAGAGCGUGGAGAUAUCCUCCCCAGUACAGAGACAGAGCAUGGAGAUAUCCUCCCCAGUACAGAGACAGAGCAUGGAGAUAUCCUCCCCAGUACAGAGACAGAGCAGGAGAACAAUACCAGGGCAAUGCCGGAGCAUGCAGUCAUCGCCAGUAAGGCAGCUGUACAGAUGAAGACAAUAAAAACACAGGCCUAUAUUAAACCUGAGGCUUGGGCAGACCACAGCACAUCCACAUGCUGUUACAUAAAACCACUGCUCUUCAGCUCAGCCUCUGUGCCAUGGACAGCUCAGCACAGCUGCUUCUGUACAUACACUAUAAACGCACCCAGAAUUCCACUUAUUUAGCUUUAUGAAAUGGGCGGAGGUGGGUGGAGGUGGCACUGAUGGAGUUUACAAACACAGGGUUAUAGUAUCCCUUACAAAAGGGGAACAAUAAAGGGCUUUCCAAUCUGCUAUGUUUUUUCAGUCCCUUUCUCUAUCACUUCUGUACUGCACCAUGUCUAUACUGUAAUGUACUGUGGAGUGUACCAUAUCUGCAUCAUACUAUGGACUGUACCAUGUCUAUACUGUAAUGUACUGUGGAGUGUACCAUAUCUGCAUCAUACUAUGGACUGUACCAUGUCUAUACUGUAGUGUACUGUGGAGUGUACCAUAUCUGCAUCAUACUAUGGACUGUACCAUGUCUAUACUGUAGUGUACUGUGGAGUGUACCAUAUCUGCAUCAUACUAUGGACUGUACCAUGUCUAUACUGUAGUGUACUGUGGAGUGUACCAUAUCUGCAUCAUACUAUGGACUGUACCAUGUCUAUACUGUAAUGUACUGUGGAGUGUACCAUAUCUGCAUCAUACUAUGGACUGUACCAUGUCUAUACUGUAGUGUACUGUGGAGUGUACCAUAUCUGCAUCAUACUAUGGACUGUACCAUGUCUGUACUGUAAUGUACUGUGGAGUGUACCAUAUCUGCAUCAUACUAUGGACUGUACCAUGUCUGUACUGUAGUGUACUGUGGAGUGUACCAUAUCUGCAUCAUACUAUGGACUGUACCAUGUCUGUACUGUAAUGUACUGUGGAGUGUACCAUGUCUGUAUUCUACUGUUGAGUGUACAUAGUAUACAUAGUGCCCUUCAUGAAUAUCUCAAUUUCCGUUGCAUGAAAAAAAGCUGCCUUUGAAAUGUCACAUACUCGAUGAAAUACUUGUGAUUCCUGUUAAUCUUACUUUACACAUAAACAAUAAAAAAUAUUAAGACGAUUA